UGUGAGAAGCUCUUGUUUCCUUCACUUUCCUUCUGUUACUGGAAAACUUUAUAGGUCGAUCUUCAAAAUCCUCUUCCGAUCUCUUCUUCGAAAGGAUUGGAAUUAAUCACAAAAUCGUUCAUUUUAUUGGGUCUCAAAAAUUUCAUUAGGUAGAGACUAAAAGGAACGUUGUAAUAAUGGCUCAGGCAGUUGAGGAAUGGUAUAAGCAGAUGCCUAUUAUUACCCGCUCGUAUCUUACAGCAGCUAUUGUCACCACCAUCGGUUGUUCCCUAGAUAUAAUAUCUCCUCAUAAUCUAUACUUGCAUCCUACACUUGUGGUUAAGAAUUAUCAAUUCUGGCGUCUCAUCACCAAUUUCCUGUACUUCCGGAAAAUGGACCUGGACUUUUUGUUCCACAUGUUCUUUCUUGCUCGGUACUGCAAACUUCUUGAAGAGAACUCUUUCAGGGGGAGGACUGCAGAUUUCUUUUACAUGCUCUUAUUUGGUGCUACUGUUUUGACGGGCAUUGUUCUUGUUGGAGGAAUGAUACCAUAUUUGUCAGAAUCAUUUGCAAAAAUCAUUUUCCUUAGCAAUUCAUUGACGUUUAUGAUGGUUUAUGUCUGGAGUAAGCAAAAUCCUUUUAUCCAUAUGAGUUUCUUGGGCCUCUUUACUUUUACAGCAGCUUACUUACCAUGGGUUCUUUUGGGAUUCUCUGUCCUUGUUGGUGCUAGUGCUUGGGUAGAUCUGCUGGGAAUGAUAGCUGGUCAUGCAUACUAUUUUCUUGAAGAUGUAUAUCCCCGAAUGACUGGUCGUCGGCCUUUACGAACCCCAUCAUUCAUUAAAUCACUGUUUGCUGAUGAUGCUGUUGUAGUGGCACGACCUGCAAAUGUGAGAUUUGCUCCCCCACCCGCAGAGGAACUGCAUCAAGACUGAUCGGACUCCUGGAAACAUAGGCUAAUGAAUGAUAGCUUUUGAUUGCAUUAGUCUGCCCUUGUUACUAGCGGGAUAUGAAGUUUGGCAAAAUUCUUUUUUAUUUUAUCUAUCCUAACAUGUCAUCUUUUAGAGGUUAAAUGUAUAUGGUAUUGGUGUAACUGGAGUUGGAAAGGAAACGAGUUUUUGUAAUUUAUAUCAAGAAUGCAGUAUUCUGGAGCCCUAGUUGAUGCAGGGUUUUUCAUGUGCACUUGCUACUCUUAAUGUAAUCGGCGGCCAUACUCUUUUUCCUUUUUGGUC